GAGGGUACCAUCCGGCAGAGCAUGCAAGAGCUGAGCGCCCUGCUGUCCGCCGUCAAGGGCACCGGCCAGGUGUCCAUGAACCAGGUCUCUCAGAGGAACGAGGUCAUGGCGGAGGCCGAUCACGUGCUGCACCCCCUCAUGGACAUCCUAGACGGCAAGCUGUCCAUGUUUUAUCAAGUCUGCGAACGCACAGUACUUAAACGCUUACUCAAGGAACUUUGGAAGAUUGUGAUAACUACCAUGGAGAAAAUAGUAGUUUUGCCUCCCAUAUCUGAAAAGAAUGUGAUACUACCCAAUCUCCCUAAUGCCAAAAUAGAGGAUAUGGGUCGCCUACUACGGAACCACGUUACUGCAACUACGAAGUUACCUUCAGCCUUAGGCGUUAUGGAGGUAGAGAGAAACUUGACGCCAAAACAGUGCGCCGUGCUGGACGUGGCGCUAGACACCAUCAAGCAGUACUUCCACGCGAACGGUAACGGUCUGAAGAAGGCUUUCCUCGACAAAAGCGCAGAGCUGCAGUCUUUACGGUACGCGCUCUCUCUUUACACGCAAACCACCGACACACUCAUCAAGACCUUCGUCACCACACAAACCAAACAAGAUGCCCCUACGGCAGAGGAAGGUAGUGUUGGUGAAGUGUCGAUACAAGUUGAUUUAUUCACUCAUCCAGGCACAGGAGAGCACAAAAUUACCGUCAAAGUGGUGGCGGCCAACGAUCUCAAGUGGCCCAGCACCAGCAUGUUCCGCCCAUUUGUGGAAGUCAACCUUAUAGGACCCCACCUCAGCGAUAAGCGAAGGAAGCAUGCCACCAAGUCUAAGAACAACAAUUGGUCACCCAAGUACAACGAGACUUUCCACUUCAUAAUCGGAAAUGAAGAAGAACCCUCCUCUUUCGAACUACAUAUCUGUGUUAAAGAUUACUGCUUCGCCCGCGAGGACAGGCUGGUGGGCGUGGCCGUGAUGCAGCUGCGUGAUAUCAUUGAGCAAGGAAGCUGCGCCUGCUGGCUGCCUCUGGGCCGGAGGGUCAACAUGGACGAGACGGGGUGGACCGUGCUCAGGAUUCUCUCGCAGAGGACCAAUGACGAAGUGGCGCGGGAAUUCGUCAAACUCAAGUCGGAGGUGCGGAACGAUGAGAACAUCCCCGUGCAGUAGGGGGAGCCAACCUCGUGGAGGAACUAGUUCCUCAAGUUCAGGCAAGGGAUUCUUCAUGUAUACGUUCCUCCGGCAAUUUCUGCGGAGAAUGCCAGCAUCGGACAAAAGCCCAGGCAUGUCCGAACCUCGAAAGCAUUACAUGGCAGAUGAGAACUUUUUCCUUCGUUUUCAAUUGCUUCUAUGUGAAAUGUAGGAGAAAGUGGAAAGAAAGGAAAAUAUCUCCCUUCACACCCAAGAUCGAUCACCCCCCACAAAUGCCAGUUCGGACAGGGCACGAGUCCGAGCCUAUGAUUCACGGCCAUGAUGGCCGUGGAUCAAACAAAUAGACCUUUUCUCAAACAUAAAAGCUGUUCUUCCGGCGUUUGCUCAUUCAAUGAACCAACUCCCGAACGGGGGUCUUAUAUAAAGUAACAACUACAUUUUUUCAUUCGCCCCCUCCCCACACAUCAUGUUCUUCAAAGUCUUCACCUCCGGUGGAAAAUAUUUCUUAUUUUCAACUCCGUUAGUGUCUCCAGUGUCAAUGCAUCGAUUCUUGAUCUUUUUCCUUGGGAAAUAUGAAAUGCGGAAGCUUCUGCCUUUCUCGAGGUGAUUUCAUGCUCAAUCUCGUUUCCAGGCGGCCCCAAAACUCAAUUAUUCCUCAACAUAAUGACAUGAAUCAACAAUUCAUGUCCUGAUUCGAAUAACGUUGUAACUCACUUUUUCAUCUGAAGUGACAAAAUAAUUCUCACUCGGACUUGUUGAGUAUCAUCUUUAACGUACUCCCAACAGGAAUCCUUACAAAAAAAAAAGAGUACCCCAAUGUUUGAAUUCCCUGUGUAAUAAAUCAGUUCUCGAAUAGCACCAUUGAAUUUUGUAUAUUUCAAAAUAUUGUGUCAGUGGUGCCAUCUAUGAACUGACUAACUACAAAGAUCGCCUGCAUACUUGAUUUUUCUUCAGAGCAGGAAUUAGUAGCUGGAAGGGGCAAAUCUAAUCAUUGGCUGAGAAAAGGCUGAGGAAAAGAUCUCAAGUUACGUGGUGUAAUUGACAAAUGGAAGACGCGUUUCGCGUGAAACUAAUGAAAGAAACCUGAUUUCUUCCAACACUUUACUUUAAAAUGCAUCACGUGACUGGGGAUGCUUCAAGAAUUGAAGGUUACACACUCUCUCUACCUUUUAAUCCUCCUCAAUGGAAUUUUCUUUUAAUCGGACAUUAUUGGAAUCGCAGACCUUAUCUGCAAUUUUUUACUGGGGAAAACAAAAUUACGUCAAUAUCACUAAAAAACUUGCUUACGUGUAGUCCAGAAAGUUAAAAUGAAAGCUAAAACCAAAAUGCGGUAUUAUUGAAGCGAGCUAUCUAGUCACUCAAUAGAUAGCGCUUCUGAAAUCAAUUGUUAUUUUUAUGUAGUUUAAGUGGCUCCAUCUUUUAAUUAUUUAUAUCGGUCGAUUUUUUUUCUGAGAAAUUACCAAAGAUCCCUUUGUAAAAUUUGUUAAAAAUUAUUUCUUACUGAUAUCUGUUUAACUAGGGCAGUAACUGCUUUAAAAAAAAAACAGAUUCACACUCUGUUGAUAAAAUAUAGGCGCGUUGUAUGUCCCAUAAAAAAAAUCAUUUAAACAACUGGUAAUGAAAAUAAACGGAAAAAAUAACACGGUUACUAUUUAAUUACUUUAAAAUUUAAGAACUGUUUCACGGCAUAUUCGCAGGAAGUAACUUUCUCUUCAAUUUAUUAAUAAAAAGUAGAUUCCCCCUCCCCCUUAUUAUUUAAUAAAUCAUUACUUUUCUUAAACUUUUCUCCUCGCCAUUUGAAACUUUUGUUAUUAAUAUUUCAAUUUUUCGAAAAUAAUAAUGGAUGCCACGUUUGCCUUGAGGGAAAACACU